CUGCCGCUAUUGUGUGCGCCCACUCUAGUUAUUUGAUCCCCUCAAGACCUCGAGCCUUGCAGUUGUUUCCUGUUUCGCAUCGUGUGGAUGUCAAUCGUCGUGGUUUGAAGAGAGAUCUGCUUCCAAACGCCACAGUCUGUUGUCUUCCUCGAUCAAGCGGUCGAAAGCCAUACUUCGAAGCGGAGCAGCCAUUGGCACAAACGACCGAUUCCCGCGAAAAUAACACGAAAGUCACAUCCCCUCGUCGAGACCAAACCCCAACGAUCUUCUGCAACAUGGGCGCAAACUACAUGGAGCUCCAGCCAGGCGUUCAAGUCCCACCUCAAAUGUUGGCCAACCGCCACACGAAGAAUUACUCGAAGCGCAAGAAGACAAAAGUCCUUGCUCUCAUGCGCCGUCGGACCUGGACGCUCCCCUUGUUCCUCACUGUCGCGAUCUUCUCUCUCUACGCCGUAAACCCAACCGACUCCAACCCGACGCACCACUUCAUAUUCCCCUCCUACAAGCUCGACAAUGACAGCGCCGGGACGACACAAUACGGCAAGGGACCAUGGGACAUCGCAUUUGUCGCAUUCUACACAAUAUUCCUCACUUCCACCCGCGAAGUCUGCAUGCACGAACUUCUGACACCCCUCGCUCGCGCAUGGGGCAUCAAGUCCCGUGCCAAGCGAGCGCGCUUCGCGGAAAACAUGUACACGGCGCUCUACGUGACCAUCAUCGGGCCCUGGGGCCUGCACGUCAUGAGCCGUACGCCAGUGUGGUAUUUCGACACCCACGGGAUGUACGAGGGCUUCCCGCAUCGCACGCAUGACGCUAGCUUUAAGUGCUACUACCUCCUACAAGCAGCGUUCUGGGCGCAACAGGUGGUGGUGAUGGUGCUGGGCUUGGAGCAGCGGCGCAAGGACUUCCACGAGCUUGUCGGACACCAUGUCGUCACGGUUGCGCUCGUCGCGCUGAGUUACCGUUUCCACUUUGCGUACAUGGGGAUUGCGGUGUAUAUCACCCACGACAUUAGCGAUUUCUUCCUCGCGGUGUCGAAGUCGCUGAACUAUCUCGACAACAAGCUUCAGGGUGUGUCGUUUGGUGUGUGUAUCGCGGUAUGGAUUUACCUCCGGCACUACAUCAACUUGCGAAUUCUCUAUUCUGCGCUACCCGGAUCCGAGUUUAGUACUGUUGGACCGUAUGAGCUGAACUGGGAAACCGAGCAGUAUAAGUGUCCGUUGUCCAACUUUAUCACCUUUGGGCUUUUGGCUUUGCUGCAGGCACUGAACUUGUUCUGGCUGUAUUGCUUAUUGCGCAGCGCUUACAAGUUCGUCUUCUUAGGCGUUGCGAAGGAUGAUAGAUCGGAGGAUGAAGAGGUUUCAGCCGUCCAGCCGGUUGCUCAAGAAAAAGGAAUCACAGCGUGGAAUGUGCCAUCCCACAGCAUUGAGGGAUCCGGGACUCUAUCCUCGCAUGGCUCUGUAAAGGAGAGAAAGGCUAGGAAGGCCUCGACAUAGUUGACAGAAUAGACGAUCAGCACUGUUGAAAAGUUAAAUUGACUUGGCGUUCAUCUCAAA